AUGAAGGAAAACACAAGCAUGAUUUCCUAUAUCAAAGCAUCAAGCGCAUUAGAUAUUGAAUUUUAUGGAAAAGGAAAUGCCAGAUUAUUAUCCGAAAUUUCACCAUAUCAGGGAGAAUAUUAUGGCCCUCCUGGAACUCAAGAAAUGCAUCAUAGGCCCCCCCCCUAUGAUAGACCUGAUAUGGGUAAUCCAAAACAAAUGAGUAAUAAUCCAGGUGAUUAUUAUAGAGAUCAAUAUAAUGAAUAUCCAGGUGAUAAUAAUAUGGAUAAUGGAUACUGGGGAAUGGCACCUGAUGACAACAUACAAAAACUGUAUAGUCCCGUUAUGAUUGGUGGAAAUUUUCAAAUGGGAUUAGGUAAUUCACUCACGUUUGAAGAUUAUGAAAAGCAACUUAAUAAGCCAAGCAAACAAAGUAUUGAUCAUAAAAAGGGAAAUAAAUAUUUUGCCUCAAAGAAAAAGCGCAGAAUUGCUCAAAAUGCUGCUGCCGCUGCCGCCGCCGCUGCUGCUAAUGUUGCUACUAAUGGUCCCGAUUUUUAUAAUCCUCAAAGAAAUGCAAUGAGAAUGCAAGAACCAUUAGGUUAUGAUCCACGUAUGGGAAAGGAAUUCGAUUCAUAUAUUCGUGGUGUGAAUGAAGAACCAACUGGUCGCGCAGUAGAAUAUUUUGAUAAAUUUGAAAAACAAUCUAAUCCAUUUAAGAAUGAAAUAAAUAUUCAUGAAAUGCCCUAUAACUACAAAGAAUUUAAUAAGCAAUUGAUGAAAUCUCAAGGCCAUAAGUCACAUGGUAAAUCUUCACGAAAGUUAAAGAAAUUAGCUCAACCAGGUAAUCUAUUGAAAAAAAAAAAAAGAAAGCCAAAAGGUUUAUUAGUAUAUUUAAUAAAACGUAUAAUUAAAGCUGUAAAAAGAUCAGAUGCAAUGUAUGAAACAGAAAUAUUAAACAUUAUAAUAGAAGCCCAUAAUGCUGAGGAACAAGAAGGAGAAGAAAAUAAAGAAAGAGGAUUUUUAGAUGAUGUUAAAGAUAAAUUAACAGUCAUGUCCCCCAUUGUAUCCAGUUCUAUUCUUUUAGCUUUAUUUGCUUUGUUCGAUAUAGUAUGGGCUACUGUUUUAUCAACUAUAAUUUUUGUCUUAUCCAUCAUUUAUGUAUGGUAUAAAUAUAGUAAGUGUAAACGUUUGUUUAAAAAGUACAGAGAAUCUGAGGAUCAAAAAUUAUCAGAACCCACCGAUAAUAAAAAAAAAAAAAAAGAAGAAGAUCAUGAUCAUUUUCACCCUCAUGCUCUUCCUCAUCCUCUUCCACUUCCUCAUUCUCAUCAUCUUCCUCAUCCUCAACAUUAUAUGAAUUAA